AUGAGCCAGUCCCUCUUGCCUCAGGCAUUCCUGACAAACUUCUACAACAGAGUGCGGGAUGAAGACAUUACUUUUUUCAUCACUGCCCAGCCGACUCGUGGACACAAGAGAGCCAAAGUCAUCAAUUAUGCCGAGUUUGAAACUGACCUUUUAGAAGAGUUUGCAGAAGAUGCGGGCAAAGAAAACGGUGAAAACGACGAAGAAGGAGGCAAACCGGGUCCCACCCCGGAAGAAAUUGCCAAUCGAGAUGCUCUACCGGAUUUAGACGGUCAAGAUGACACGACAAACAUUCUGAAGUACCCUCGCAUAAGAGAAACGUUUCUACAGGGUAAAAUUGCAACGCCUUACAAGAUCGAAUUUAAAAAACAACUUGCCAGUGACUCGACCCCGGUGAUGAUACCCAUACGGCUAAACGUGGAACACAGCGGCCACAAGAUCAUCGAUUUUUUCACGUGGAAUCUAAAUGACCAUUAUCUGAGUCCCGAACAGUUCGCGACCAUUUACUGCCAAGACCUCGAUUUCCCAGUAACCUCAGUUAUUCAUAGUCAGAUUGUCUCCGCGAUUAAAGAACAAUUACAGGAAUACUCGACAUUGGCUUCCAUGGUUAUGCCCGAUCUACAUGUUGUUGUGAACCUCACAUGUAAUCUUGAUUCUAAACUAUACGAAGAUAAUUUUGAAUGGGACAUGAGCGACACAUCUUUCACACCUGAGCAAUUUGCCUGCAUUGUGGUACAGGACCUUGGGCUAACAAGGGAGUUUGCGCCUGCUAUAUCUCACGCCCUUCAUGAGACUAUUUUACGCAUAAAAAAGGAUUGGCUUGAGGGUCAUAUAAGUCCUGACCAGGUGCCGAAUGGGGCAGCCUUUGGCUACCUUUCCGGUAUUCGGUUGGACGUUGAAGCUCUGGGAGCUGAAUGGUGUCCGAAAGUCGAGGUCUUGUCCCAAUGGGAGAUCGAAAAACGUGAAAUUGAAAAGGAAAGGAAUAUGAGAAGACUAAAGAGAGAAAGUGCAAAAGUAGAAGAUAGGGUCAGUAGAAGGCGCGGGAAGAGAAGAGGUGAUGAUUUAGAAACCACUCUGCGUAUGUAA